ACAAUGCUCAUGCCGCCUCCCCGAGCGACGAAAAGGUUGAUCUCGAAGCCAAAUUCACACCAAGUAUCCUUAACACUAGUGUUUAUAUAAUUUCUAUGGCAUUGCAAGUAUGCACUUUUGCUGUAAAUUACAGGGGCCGUCCUUUCAUGGAAUCCUUAUUGGAAAACAAAGCUAUGCUUUAUAGCGUGCUUAUCUCGGGAGCUUCUGUUUUCAUGUUGGCAAUAGGGGCCUCGGAAGAUGCUAUGCAGCAAUUUGAACUUGUAGUGUUGCCGUUAGAGAUGCGAGACAUCCUUGUCUACUGUGUUGCUUUCGAUCUCGUCGCCUGUUACACUAUCGACCGAGUUUUGAAUUUCCUUAUGGGGGACAUCUUGAAUCCUGAGAAGGUAUCCGUGGAUCCGUUAUCCCUCCUGGAAGGCAUCAUUCGGCCAAGUGAGCCUGCAACGCUGCUGUGUCCAUUAAUAGAUGCAGAAGGAAAAUUUAGCGAUGUUGUUGAAUAUGUCAGAGAUCCGGGCGAGUUUGGCGCUUCCUCUGUCUCAAUGGCAUUAAACAGAUCGCCUGCCAAUGACACAACCAGUAUCAAGGGCUCUUCUAGUAAUGUGCCGUUUUAUCCAGAUCUGCUUUCGUGUGCACCUGGAAUGAAGAGAGGGUUGGACCUUGUUCUACCUGCGUGCUCUAAUAAUAAGGAAGAACCUGCCACUGGAGCUGACACCGUAAAACAAGAUGGAACCAUAGAUUUUGACUCUGCCGACUUGUUUGACCUCAUGGACUUCGUUGGUGGAGGUCUGCAUUUGUUUGGGGCUGCAAGUCAUGCCCACAAUACUAACGAUGGUCAUUUCACAGGCGCUCCUUUGAUACUGCCUGCUGAGACUUCUUCCAUGGAAAAAGAAAAAAGCCCUGAAGAGCCGCAAAUAACCCUUGAGCCAAAGGAGCCGGAUUCCCCUGUUAUGGAAGACGUCCAGGCAGCCCUCGAGAAGGAUUUGCCGAAACCUGCUGUGACAUUUUCACCUCCUGAACGCUAUGCCUAUGCAAAGCAGCUCGAUCCUGAGUCAUGCCACACUGAGUACAAGUCGUUGAUGCCAAAUAUGGCUAAGAAGUAUCCUUUCGAGCUGGAUGCCUUCCAACAGGCUGCCGUUGUUUGCAUGGAGAAAGGGGAGUCAGUUUUUGUUGCUGCUCAUACAUCAGCAGGAAAGACCGUGGUCGCUGAGUAUGCAGUGGCUCUAUGUGAGCAUCAUAAAACUCGGGCUAUUUACACAUCUCCUAUAAAGGCGUUGUCGAAUCAGAAAUUCCGAGAUUUCAAGAUGAUGUUCACUGAUGUCGGUCUGGUUACCGGUGAUAUUCAACUGUUCCCUGAAGCUUUCUGCCUCAUCAUGACCACGGAAAUCUUGAGGUCGAUGCUCUACAACGGUUCCGAGGUUAUUCGGGAUUUGGAAUGGGUGGUGUUCGACGAAGUUCAUUACAUUAACAACGCUGAGAGAGGACAUGUCUGGGAGGAGGUUCUCAUAAUGCUUCCCUCCCAUGUAAAGAUUGUGAUGUUGUCAGCUACGGUGCCGAAUUGCAUUGAAUUUGCCGAUUGGGUUGGACGAAUUAAAAACCGAAAAAUCAAUGUGGUGUCGACGUUGAAACGCCCAGUGCCUUUGGAGCACUACCUCUAUACGGGACAAGAUGGCAAGACAAAGAAAGAUCUUUUCAAAAUUGUUGAUAUGAACGGCAACUGGCAGGAAAUUGGUUAUAGGAAGGCGGCCGAUGCA